AUGUUCCUACGUAUUACUUUAUGCUUUACAGAACCCUCCGUAACUGUAACUCCGGAUGAGAACACCGUAUACUAUGAAAUCAACAAAACGCUGUCCCUCGUCUGCAAUGGAACAGAUCCUGUCGAUGGGCAGGAACUGACGUGGUAUAUACAAGGAGACGAAUCAAAGCCACUACUAGCCGAAAAGCAAACAUUCAACCCGACAACCAAUAUCAACAACAUAGUAAUGCGUUUGAACGAGACUCACAACAGGAAACAACUGUUUUGUGCGCAGGACUUCCAUUUUCAACGUCAACCGACUGCAGAUGGCGCUAUCAUUAUCGAUAGGUACCGGGAGCUUGCUAAAUCGAAGAUAAUAAUGCUGGUACAUAAACAUAGUGGUAAUGAAAUUGGUGAUAGCAAAAAUAUUGACAAUGAUAACAUUGAACAAGGAAAAGAUAAUAAUUUAACGACAAGUGAAGAUGAAGAUGGGGACAAAGCUGAAAAAAAUAUAGGAAAAGAUAGUAACGGAUCGCCUUGGCUGCGCUUCCCACUCGUCUUAGUUAUUCCAGUGGCAGUUAUUGCCGUGGCUGCAGUGAGCGCAGCAGUAUGGUUUCGAUGUGGCCGACGCGCGAAAACAGAGGAUGUACACGACAAUAACGAGCUCACUUAUGAUUCUACAGAGGUGACAUACGCUGCACUGGAUUUCGUCCCAAAAAAAGAUGCUCCGCCAAACAUUCCGUCAUCUACGGACUCAGAAGUCUCUGGAGAGGUGACAUACGCAGCGCUGGCAUUCUCGGCCAGACCUGAAAAUACCCCUCGACUCAAAAUAGACCAAUCGAGUGACUACGCCACAAUCAUGGCGUCAUCGUCACAGACGUUUACUGGCCAGUCAUAGUCAAAAACCUGCAAGAAAAUAGGGAGUAUUACUGCAAUGUUCUGCCGCCAGAGUGCAGCACUAUUGCACCCAGUAAACCAUAGAGUAACUUAUACAUACUAGGUCUUUAACAGUAUUUUGACAAGUUUUCACUAUAACAUUGAUGCAUCAAGGCGGUUUGUUUACAGGUGGCCUACCGCGAAACGCUAAAAUCGAAAUUUCGU